AUGUCCUCCGCCGCCUCGACUGCAGUCACCACGCCCCAAGUCGCAACCCCCCAGCGCCCCGGCACGCCCAACGACUCGCUCGGCCGCAACCCCUUCAGCGACGGCGUCGAGUCCCAGGCGUCGAACCGGACGGGCAACGGCGGCGGCAACCCCUUUGCCAGCCCCUCGGGAUCGCGGCCGCCGAGCAGCUUCGACUCGUCGUCGGCCUCGGCAGCCCGCUACGAGGACCGCUCCGGGCGCUACUUCCACUCGCGCCGCGUGCCCAAGGGCGACAUCGAGAAGCCGUGGGCCAAGCACGCCGACCCCAAGGAGAAAUGGGUCACCAUCAUCCCCGUCAUCGGCAUCUUCGUCGGCCUGGCCAUCUCGGGCUUUUUGGUCUGGGACGGCAUUAGGAGCGUCAUCAAGCACAACUACUGCCUGGUCCUGGCCGAGGACUUCCGCAACGGGCUCGACAAGUCCAUCUGGCAAAAGGAGGUGCAGGUUGGCGGCUUCGGGAACGGCGAGUUUGAGCAGACCACCGGGGGCAACGACAACGUCAACACGGACGGCGGCAGCCUCGUCAUCAAGGCGACGCUGCAGGAUGACAGCCUCAUGCAGCAGGCGUACACCAUCGACCUGCUCAAGGACGGCACCUGCACAUCGACAUCGCCCGCGGACUGCAUCGCCGUGACCAACAUCACGGCCGGCAACUCGAGCAUCGUCCCCCCAGUGCUGUCGGGGCGCAUCAACACCAAGCCCGGCGCGCACAUCAAGUACGGGCGCGUCGAGAUCACAGCCAAGCUGCCCGUCGGCGACUGGCUGUGGCCGGCCAUCUGGAUGAUGCCGGUGGCCGACACGUACGGGCCGUGGCCGGCGUCGGGCGAGAUCGACAUCGUCGAGAGCCGCGGCAACGACCACUGGCACCCGCAGGGCGGCAACAACAUCGCCUCCUCGGCCCUCCACUGGGGCCCGAACCCGGCCAACGACGGCUGGUGGCGCACCAACGUCAAGCGGUCGGCGCUGCACACGACGUACGCGGCCGGCUUCCACACGUUCGGGCUCGAGUGGUCGCAGAAGUACCUGUUCACAUACAUCGACUCGCGCCUGCUGCAGGUGCUGUACGUCAACUUCGACACGCCCAUGUGGGACCGCGGCAAUUUUCCCGUCGUCAACAGCAACGGCACCCGCCUCGAGAACAUCUGGCGCAACACCACCCGCCUCAACACCCCCUUUGACGAGCCGUUCUACCUGAUUCUUAAUCUUGCCGUCGGCGGGACGAAUGGCUGGUUCGAGGACAACGUGGCCGGUAAGCCCUGGCUCGACGGCUCGCCUAAUGCGAAGAAGGACUUUUGGCAGGCCAAGAAUAAGUGGUUCCCUACGUGGUCGCAGCCCCAGCUCGAGGUUUCCAAGGUCAUGAUGUGGCAGCAGUGCGACGGCAACGAGGAUCUAUGA